AUGGGUAGCCCUCAAUCUGUGUAUACCUUAGAACUUAGCAAACUUGGUCAGGGAUAUCCCUUGUGGAAUCCUGAACCACCAAGUCGCUUUGAAGUAGAGAUUGGAGACAUCGGGUUCAUCGCAGACGGGUCUUUCUAUCGCUUGUUCAGGGCGACUGAAGAUCCUACGCAUCCUAUAAACGCAAAGUAUGGCGUGCCGGACGGAUUCAUCAAACUUGAUAUUGCAAACCUAGCGGUGACAAGAGUCGAAAAUGUGAUCCCUACGGGUCCUUUAGUUAGUCCAGGCGUCACAAAAUCCUCGGUCGGUGGCCAGACCGAAGGCACCGGAGCAGGCUCUACUUUCGAGUGCACUGAGGAUAAUGGAGCUAUCCUCGUCCUUGGUGCGCCUGCCAUCCGACACCGGCUGCGUCAUGGCCGCAGGAUCAAAACUUACAUACGCACCCAUCUGCGCAAUUGGCAUACCUUCGCAGUUAAAAGGUUGGAUCUCGACUUAUCCGAGGACGACAUCAUAUUCGUCAGUGGUUGGGUGAAGACCACAGCGUGGAGUCUAGCUGCUUUCGCUGGAGAUGCGAAGAAUGCGCGGAUCACCUUCAGCGCUGACGGUGAUGGGGUAGCUGGCGGCUGCUGGCAGAUUAAUGAAGCUCGUGAUGCCAAUUGGGCGUUCGAAUACCAUUCUGGACCACCGAGCGAUGGCGUGCGCAAGAACGAGGAGCGCAGAAUAAACAAAGCUGCUGCGAAAAACGAAAACGAUGAUGGACAUCGUCGCGGCAAACAAGAUCAAUGCGUGUUUUUGCAUUACUACAAGCUCAAGAAACGAUUCCUUUGUAUCAAAUCCAUGAAAGCCAUGGCGGAACCACGAAGCCCAUCACCUGGGAGCGACGAUCACGAUGCGGAAGAUUCCCCGGCUCCAAGGAAGGUGAGAUAUCACGAGUCAUGA